UGGGCUUCCUUCACGCUCGCCGUAGUUAGACCCAAGAUGGCGGCCGCCGGUGACGUGCCGGUCCGGGUUUGCAAUCAGGAGAUUGUCAGAUUCGACCUGGAGAUUAAAGCCGCCGUGCAGGAUAUCCGGGAUUGUACAGGACCUGUAAGUGCACUUACAGAAUUGAAUGCCAAAGUAAAAGAAAAGUUCCAGAAUUUACGUCGUAGAAUACAGGAGCUGGAACAGAUGGCUGAGGAGCAAGAUAAAGAAUCAGAAAAACAAGUAUUACUCCAAGAAGUAGAGAACCAUAAAAAGCAAAUGCUCAGCAAUCAGUCAGCCUGGCGAAAGGCAAACCUAGCUUGCAAAAUUGCCAUUGACAAUUCUGAGAAAGAUGAAUUGCUGCGUGGGGGAGAUCCUUUACGACAAAGAAAAUCUACUAAGGAAAGUUUGGCAGAGGGGGCAAGUAACAUCACAGAGAGCCUGAUGGGAAUUAGCAGAAUGAUGUCUCAGCAGGUUCGGCAAAGUGAGGAAACCAUGCAGUCUCUAGUUAAUUCUUCACGAACCAUCUUGGAUGCCAAUGAGGAGUUUAAAUCCAUGUCUGGAACAAUACAGCUGGGGCGAAAGCUUAUUACAAAAUAUAAUCGCAGGGAGCUGACUGAUAAAUUGCUCAUCUUUCUUGCCCUUGCCUUGUUUUUGGCCACUGUGCUUUACAUCCUCAAGAAAAGACUGUUUCCCUUUUUGUAAUUUUUUCAGGACCCCGGUGAACCUGAACAACAUUCAGCAAAUAAUUAUAGAGUUCUUUUCCUGUCUUCUUCCUCUCAGCACACAUAGUUAUUUUCUGGGUUCAAAGUUGUGCAUCAAGGCUGUCCUCAUCAAGCGAGAGCAGGGUGUAGACUGGGGUCUUACCCACUCUCAUGGGCUCCCAUGACAGAUGGACAAGGACUUCUGUGAAGAAGCCCCACCCCAGACACUUUACUGCAAGAAAGGCAACCAGACUGUCUUCCAAUAUUUGCUGGUCUGGCAAAAUGAAGAGAUCUGAGUAAGCUGAAGGAGCUGGGCUAGCGAUAUGGAAAGAGUCAAGAGGAUCUAUCGUCACCUCCAAAUAAUGAUGUUUUUAAAUGGUAACUUUUCAUUCUGAAACAUUUUUCAGCAUUACUUUCUACAAACACAUCAAAGAGCAUUUUUUGUAAUUAGUGUUUUCCUGUGGGACUUGCAUGUUUGCAGUAUAAAGCACAAAUUAUAAAAACAUUCCUUAAUUUUCUAGAAUGUUUAAUCUGUUAUAAACUAUGGGCUUAAACACAAGGGUUCUUUUUCCCUGUAUGCACCUGUUGGUAGCUGAAAAUUAUUCUUCUGUUAAUGUCCAGUUAAACAUUCAGUGGUGCUUCCUGUUGCCCCAGUUAAAAUGCCAGUAGCAAAGCACUGACACAGACGAUUUCGGGUGCUUUCCCUUGCAAUUCAUUUCAAUUCCUCUUCUCCUGGUUUUCAUGCAAGGAACCGUCCCUUUCUUAGAAUCCGGUCAGUUAUCAUGUAAAUGUCUGAUCUCAUCGGUGGAUUCCAAAUUAGAAAAUUGGGGCUUAGUCCCAUGAGUGUUGCACUUAAUAGAAAUUAAAUAGUCUGUGCAUAGUCAUAGUCAGAUACAAGUAUUUUAUGUUGCUAGAUCUUUUUGUGAUUUUUGUGGAGGUUGUUGAGAAGCCCUAGGAGAAUAACUUUCAAAAUGAGUCUGCCCAUGCAGAAGCCAGUGCAAUGUUUUAUUAUCAUCUGUUGUGCAUAAUUUCUACAAGAAUAUUCAAGCUAAUGCAGUACUUAAACUGUCCAACAAUACAAGGCGAUUGGUACUUAGCAUGAAUAAUACACUAAAUGGGAGCCAGUAUGAUGUAGUUAAGGUGCUGGACUAGGAGCAGGGAGGCUCGGGUUUUAGUGCUCCCUUAGCUAUGGAAACCAGCUGGGUGACUGGACCAGUUCAUCUCUCUCAGCUCUAGACUGGGAAGUCAAAAAACCUCCUGACCAUCUCUACUGGACCAGUGUAGUAGAUUACAGUCCAUGGCCUUCAAUGAUGUGGGCUUCAUCCUGCAGUGGAUUGAUUCAGCCUGAUUGUAAUACACUAAACAUUUGUUACUGAAGGAACUGAAAAAAUGGUGAAUGUGUUUUUCCCAUUUCCACUGUCAACAUAGGUGGAUGUAAGGCAGAUUAUAAAGACUGAUGUUCAUGACUAUAGAGCAGGUGAAAAUUACUCUAGUUUAUUAAUCCAGAGAGAGCCAGGCUGGUGUAGUGGUUAAGGUGCCAGGCUAGAAAGCAGGAGACUGUGAAUUCUAGUCUGCCUUAGGUAUGAAGCCAGCUGGGUGACCUUGGGCCAGUCACUCUCCUUCAGCCCUAAGAAGCAGGCAAUAGCAAACCACUUCUGAAAAACCUUGCCAAGAAAACUGCAGGGACUAGUCCAGGAAGUCGCCAGGAGUCAACAGUGACUUGAAAGUGCAUGCACACAAACACAUACACACAGAGAGACUAAUCCAGAACCAGAGACUGAUUUUUGUGUGUAUGCCACAAGAUGGCACUGAAGGACCAUAUUUUUAAAAAUUACAGAUAGUUCUUUAAUUUGCAGCAAUUGAAUAGGUUCAACACUAUUAUUCAAAAUAAUAGUGUUGCCUUAAAGCAAAAAAUGCAUGCGAGGGGGGAGUCAGAGAAGCAAACUGCACUUUAAAAAAACAUUUUCUUAUCCAGCUCUGGUAUCUUUUGCACUAAUACUUACAUUUGUCUUAGGCUUUCUUAUUAAAUUGGUAUUUAUUUCAGUAUUACAAGCAGGAGAACUAAAUAAAUUUUGUUAUUUGUUUGCAUGAGUUUUGUAGUAUGCAGAAUUCAGCACUAGAUUAACUUUUUUGUUAUUUUUGAAAGCCAACUUCAGCAAAGAGGUCUCUGGCAUGCUGCAGGGGGAUAAAAUAUUGUGUGUGAAUGUUUGGAACUCAAUUUGGAUCCCAACAUACAUAUCAAGCUCAGUGGAGAUGGACUGGACUGAAUACUGUGGACAAACCCCCUAGUUCGUGGCGUGGCCCAAAACAUCCAGUAAAUUGACCCAUGUUGAGGGGCUUGCUUUCCUAAGAACUCCUAACAGUGGCCCAACUGAUAAACUGCAGUCUAGUUUUCAUCACUUGAGUUCAGCCACCAGAUACUUCCUCAUUGGCUGGCUAGACUCCUAAACAUUAAAAAUGGGGAACAUUUUCCUUGACUAAGAAAACUAUUUUUCCAAAGAGGCUCGCUUUCAAUUAUCUUCUAUGAUUUAUAAAAUUGAAGAUCAUCAACAAAAAAAGCAGAGCAAGGAAGACCUGACAAAAAACAUUCAGGCAGGAGGCCCAAAGGAUUUCUCCACCUAUACAUGGCAGCAAGCACUGGCUAUGUGCAGAAACCAAGGUCUUGUUCAAUGCUGGCAUAGUUAACUAGUUCAGUCAGAUUGAUUCUGUUGAUUUUAUUUGGAAAACUCUGUGGUUAAUCAUUAACUUCCCUUGUUUUUUCAUAUGACCCUUUACCCAAUAAACUCCAUUUUUAUUUCUAGA